AUGGGUCAGAUUGAUGAACCAACUCAACAAUCUGCAACAGAUCAGGUGGUGUUUAAUCCUGAAAUUGUAAAGCCUUUGCCAAAGGCACCCCCAAGAUUGCAGACGGACACAAAAAGAAAGACUGCUGUUUUGACUGACACGCCAGAAAAAGAUGAGUUAGCUGAAGAACAGGUAAAGAAGGAAGCAAGAAAAGACGAAGCUAUUAGAAACAAGGGAAAGAAAAACAACAAUAAUAAGGAAAAGGUAAAGGCAAGGAAAAAGGAAAAUCUUAAAAAGGAGAUAAACGAAGAGUGUUACAAGAAAGCGAGAGUGAUAGUGCUGAUGAGGGUUCAGAAUAUUACUGCAUGA